AUGGCGAAGCGCAGGGCGGUUGGUCUAUUGCUCACUGCACUAUUGCAGACAGCGUGUAUUGGUGCUGAGUACAAGCCGCAAUUUGCGUGGGAACAAGAGGUUUUCUCUGCCAAUGCCACGGCCCAAGCAUCGUUGACAGGUUGCGCUGCGGCAUGCACUCUUCUAGAAUGGACCGCAUACCUGUCGGUCAAUCAACCAAAUACCUUUGAGUACGAUGGUGACAAGCAGAGCUAUUGGUCUGCCCAACAGGCCUCCGUCUCUCCGCGGUGUUUCGUUCAACCAAACAAUGCCGAAGAGGUAGCGGCCAUCAUUCGGAUCUUGGAGCGUACCGACUGUCCCUUCGCAGUACGAAGCGGCGGACAUGGUGCUUUCACCGGCGCCUCCAAUAUCCCUGAUGGCGUAACUAUCGAUCUGCGGAGGCUUAAUGAGGUCAAUGUAUCCGAGGAUCGGAGCACCACGAGGGUUGGAGCUGGCAACCACUGGAUAGAUGUGUAUGACAGGCUGACUCCGAUGAACCUUUCGGUUGUUGGUGGGCGCGUCACUGGUAUCGGGGUCGGAGGUCUAACACUUGGUGGUGGGAUCUCGUUCUUUUCGGGCAGGAGAGGUUGGGCAUGCGAUGGUGUUCGCAACUACGAGCUUGUUACUGCCGAUGGCUCUAUCUUGGAUGUCAACUACAAGUCGUACCCAGAUUACUACUGGGCGCUGCGCGGCGGUGGCAACAAUUUUGGUAUCGUGACCCAUUUCGACCUCGAGACUUUCGAGCAGGGCCCCAUGUGGGGCGGAGUGACAGUGAACAGCAUGGAACACAAUGCAUCGCUCAUUCAGGCUCUGGUCGACUUCACCAACAACUCACCAACAGAUCCAGACGGCGCGAAUUGGGUGGCUUUCGUAUACGCGCAAACGUACGGGCAGUGGAUCGCGAGUACGGAGCUCGUAUAUGCAAAGCCUGUAGAGAACCCGGCAAUUCUCAAGAACUUCACGGCCAUUCCGAACAUUCACUCAACUCUUCGGUUCUCCAACCUGACCGACCUAUCACGGGAAGUCAACCAGAGUAACCCCGACGGAAUGCGGCAGACUUGGACGACUAUGACGUUCAAGAACGACCCUCGAGUCAUGCAAGCCAGCCUCGACAUAUGGAAGGAAGAGAUCCUGCCAAUCCAAAACAUCACUGGCCUGGUCCCCGCCCUCGUAUUCCAGUCGAUACCAGUGGACGUGAUUCGCCACUUCUCCAAGAACGGAGGCAACUGUCUUGGUAUGGACCUGGAAGACGGGCCGCUUAUCCUUGUUAACAUCGCAACGAUGUGGGCGAGCACAUCCGACGACGAAGCAGUCCUGUCCACGCUUGAGCGCUUGACUGAGCGUUCAACCGCGAAAGCAGAAGAGUUGGGCUUAAGCCACAAAUACCUGUACCAGAAUUACGCUGGCCAGUAUCAGGACGUUUAUUCGAGCUAUGGCGAGACGAAUAGGCAACGUCUUCUCGAGAUCAGCAAAAAGUACGACCCUAAACAGGUAUUCCAGCGGUUGCAGCCAGGGUAUUUUAAGCUUGGCGCAUAG